CUCUUAUUUUUUAAAAUUACGCCACUGUUUUUUUUAAUUUAAUUUUAAUUAUUUUAUUUUAAUUUUGUGUAUUCAUUUUAAUUUGUUCUAAUCCUCUUUAUUUUCUCACUGUUUCUAAUAGUUUUGUGUAAAUUUUGUGUAAAAUUUAUCCUAGUUUGUGUUCAGUUUGUGUAGAUUUUGUCUCAUUCUGUGUUAAUUUGUUAUUCUUUAUGUAGUUUCUUUGUUUAUUUUGACGUAGUUUAAUUUCUCGAUUCUUUGUAGUUUUCACUUACAUUAAUGUUAAAACCGUCUAUUUCUGUACUAUAUAAUUCCCUUAACACGCUCAGCAAUAGUAGAUUAAUCAGCCUUUUCAUAAGGAAAAAAAUCUCAAAUCCAUAAAAUAUUAAAUCUUUGAAAUAACAAGAUUUCCGAUUUCCUACAAAUUUUAAAAAUUUCACAUAUUUUAAUGGUUGGAGAUGCCAUUGGACCGUGCGUUAUACAGUCGAUUAUUGGAGAUAUUGACGUUAUCGGAAAAGGGUGACACGGAGACACAGAAAUAUGUCCACGAGAGUCUGGCGUCAUUUCAACAAAACAGACCAGAUGUGGCCUUGUAUUACUUAGAAGCGUCACUAUCAGCGCCAACAUUCCAUUCUAAACAGAUGGCCUUGUUGCUGCUGAAGAACAGUAUACUUCAAAAUUGGAGCCAAACUAACCCAUCAAUUCAGUCAGUGAUAAAAAACGAGAUAAUUAAUAUUGUGAAUUUGAGAGAAGUGAAAUUGAGGAACGCAGUGGCAUCAUGUUACGUCUCAAUUUUCAAUGUCCAGGGAUACGAUCAGUGGCCUACAGGCCUAUACAAUCUGUUGUCAAUUAUUAGUAACAGUACCAACACAGUUGGGAGUGACGGCGUUGUGGAUGAAGUGGUUGAAACUGCCGUAGUAACGUUAGUGAUGAUUUUAGAAGACACUAUAGCCAAUGGAGCGAUGACACCAAAUUAUUUAAAUUACCUGAAAUCAGAUUUCAUCGUCAAGUUGUUUCAAAUCUCGUCUAAAUCGUCAGCAUUGACUGAGAUAACCUCAAGGAUACUGUUAACCCUGUUGGAUUCCAGUAUAAUAUUGGAGUAUUUGGUGUCUGACCUGUUCGGCCAGUUUUGGAACCUAUUGGGCUUAAUGGCGACAUUGGAUAAUUACAAUGUGAAGAAAUGUGUACUCAAAGCCAUGUUAAAGUUGUGGGAUCUAGUACCAAUGUCAAUUCUACAGUCCUCAGACGCUUUAUUCCCAUUCAUUACUAAACUCUGUUCUGAUGACGCCUACACAAUACAAAUUGAUGCUCUAGAUUUUUAUACGCAUAUUCUGCAAUCACAGUUGUACACCAACUCCAAUAACCAGAUAAGAUGCUUAUUAUUGGGUAAGAUGCUGAAUGAGUUUGGAACAUUACUGAAGACGUUGGUGGACAACACGAGAUAUUCAUCGUGGGAUUACAUGUCGAUGGACAGAACGCAUCUGGAAGAUGACAACGCGAAUAUACCAGAUGACAUGCAGGACGUGCCAAUAAAGUCAAGAGAAGAUGAGGAGACCAAUACUUGGGGAAAUACGUGGACAGUAAGGAAAGGCUCAGCUCUAUUGUUAGACACAAUUUCACAGCUGUACGGCCAGAGUAAUCCUGAGGUGAUAAAGAUAUUGCUCUCAUACAUACAAGAGAAACUUGAUAGUACAGAUUGGGAACUUAAGGAGUCAGGAGUGUUAACAUUGGGUGCAAUUUCUAAGGGCUCACUUUACACACUGUAUCCAUAUUUGCCAAAGGUGAUUGACUAUUUAAUAGUGGUUGCAACUGAUCCGAAGCCUUUAUUGAGGAUAAUUUCCUGUUGGUGUCUGUCAAGGUUUGUGGAGUGGCUCUUCUUGCCCAAUAACAUUAACACCUACUUGAGUAAGACGUUGUCAGUGAUUUUGAGAGGAAUGUUAGACAGGAACAAGCGAGUGCAAGAAUCAGCGUGUUCAUCAUUUACAUCUUUUGAAGAGUGUGGAACUACACUGUUAUUACCAUACGCAGGACAGAUAUUACAUGUAAUUUUGAGCUGCAUAGAGUUGUACCAGUCACGUAAUUUCAUGAUAUUAUAUGACGUCAUUGGAACACUGUAUCAAAGUGUCGGCGAAUCCCUAACACAACAAACUGAACACAAUCAAUUAAUUGAUGUUUUACUGGGAAGAUUAGAAAUUGUUGGACUGGGCGACACACAGUACAUUGCCCUAAUCGAGUGUCUGAGUAAUAUAAUAUCAGUUUUAGGCUCUAAGUUACCACCAGUAUUUGUGCAGAAGAUAACUAAGCAUUGUGUGGUAUCGCUUUAUGAAUUAGUUGGUGAUAUUACAGAACUUGAGUAUUUCUACCAAUCUGUUCAAGUACUAACUGACACAAUUUCAAUGCUACUGACGUCUACUCAUGGUUCAGUAAACUCCACUGAAACCUGCAAUGUUAUUAAAGGCUUAAAGAUCAGUAAUGGGAUUGACCUGGUAUUAGUAAUCAAUGAAUUAUGUGCCUCUAAAAUCGUUGUAAUCUUACAGUCCUGCAUAGCGCUGAUGGGGGAUUUAUCAAAUUCCUCCAUACAGCUAAAUCAAGGUUCACUUGAAAUAUUGGUUAAUAAUAUUCAAAAUUAUGUCAACAAUAUGCAAUCCAACGAACAAACUUCCAUUAAUAGCUCUUCAACAAAUGUGCAAAGCCGUUACAAUUCCAUCAAUUCACAUGAAAGUGAUACCGAUGAGUAUUUUGGAGUGAUGAACAAUUGUGUGUGGGUGUUUGGAGUGUUAUGCGAUAAUCAGUUGGGGAUAUACAACGGCGGUAACAUAGAUUUAGUGUUCUUGUUAGUGGUGAAGGUGAUCAAUUUGUGCAGUAAUAACUUCUGCAUUCUACAGAACUGCUGCGUCACACUUGGAAAAUUCUCCAAAAGCUUCCCGAAUCUGGCAAUCAAGUAUCUAAACUCGUUUUUGAACCCACUUUGUAAUCAUUUAAUACACGCGAAAAAUGACAAGGAAAAGUUCAGUACCACACUAUCCAUAUCAAAUUUGAUACUCAUGCACCUACAAUCCACCAACAACUUGACGAAAACACUCAACUCACAGUCCAAUAACGUAUUUUCGUCAAACAACGUGAGCAUGGGGAAUGUUAUAAAAGUUGGUGCAGAGGAGUUGGAAACUAGUAACGUCCUUUUAUUGUUCAAGUUGUACAUAUCGUGUUCUAAGGGCACGUUGGAUAAUUUCGGAGACUCAUUUGGGACUAACUCGGAGCUCAUUCAGGUAUGCGUCAAUUUAAUCAAGUCGCUGCUGCAUAAACACCCCAAGCUCGUUCAACUCAUCGAUCCCGACACCAAAAAUAAACUCAACUCACUCACAUCUCUGACAUAAGAAUUUUAAAACAAAUAUCCUAAUCUUCUACACCAC